CUUGCCGCAGCGUCGGGGGUCGGUCGUGCCGCUCGACGCUUUGAACGGUCGAACGAUUUCGUAAAGACGCGCUUAUCAAUACGUAUUUUAACAACGAGCUUCGACGAACUUUAAUACGUGAAUAAAGUUUUAUAAAUCUGCAAGUUUUGAUUUAGAACUGAAAUCGGAACUGUUGUGAUUCAAGAAUUUUAAAAAUAUGUGUUGUUAUGUGACAUAAAUCGGUUACGUUAUCGUGAACUAUAUAAAAACUGUGGUGAAUUAACAAAUCAUGUGCUAUAAAAUACUAAGGACUAUUUAAUAAAUUGACGACGAAAUAAGACAUCUAAAUUGAUGGAUAUUACACAUCCGGCAAGGGGACGCAUCACACGAAUGCCGACGGAAAAAACAUGACACUGAGCUUACCGUGUCUUGUUUUCCUUCUUGAUAUUUGAUUUUUAUCACGAUGUCUCUCCAGCGAGUAUCUCCAAGAAACGGGCUUUUUGGCCAUGUAUUAUUUUGGUUUGUUAUUGGACUCAACUUCGCAGAUCAAAGUUCACUGCCAUUAAAAUAUGAAGCCCCUGAUGAUUGCCAAUGGUGGCUGAGAGGACCAAAUGAUGCCCACGAAGUUUCGCUAACUUGUAAACUUCGCACGAUUAAUAGUGAAUUUGACACAACUAACUUUAGUGUUAUCCCUUCAGAGCACACAACAUCAUUGAGAAUAGAGUGCAACGAAGAAAUGAUGUACAAAAGCUCCCUAGAUGACAGAAGUUUUUCUCAUUUAGUGAAAUUGCGUGAACUCGUUUUGGAUAACUGUAAAAUUGGACGAUGGCCGCCUGGCGUGCUGUCCGGCCUAAGAGAUCUCCGAAAUUUAACGAUUCGAACGAAAAACACCGAGUGGGCCGCUAUGAGCUUAGAGAUAGCAUCGGAAAGCUUUACAGCUGUUCGGCAGUUGGAAAAACUUGACCUUAGUUUUAAUAAUAUAUGGUCAUUCCCUGAAAAUUUGUUUUGUCCACUGACAAAUUUAGUGUACUUGAACGUAUCUGCAAACCGCCUUCAGGAUGUAAGCGAUUUGGGCUUCAGAGAACGUGCAAUACAUCAAGCCCUGAUAAGUGAACAAGACGAACCAUCACCUUCAGCGUCUUCUUUAUCACGUGCUUCAUGUUCUUUAGAUAUUGAAGUCCUAGAUGCUUCGAGUAAUCAUUUUGUGUUGAUGCCAGAAAAUGGAUUUGUGGCUCUUCGAAGGCUAAAGGAAUUACACAUUCAUGAUAAUGAGAUUUCAAUGGUUGCUGACAAAGCGUUGGCUGGAUUAAAACAAUUACAAAUUAUCGACCUGUCCAACAAUAAAAUCGUUGCUCUGCCUCAAGAUUUAUUCAAAGAUUGUCGUCCCGGCAUAAAAGAAAUAUACUUACAAAAUAAUUCUAUAAGUGUUCUUUCACCGAGUCUCUUCGCUAACUUGGAUCAAUUGUUAGCUUUGGAUUUAUCAAACAAUCAUUUAACAAGUACGUGGAUAAAUGAGAACACGUUUACUGGCCUUAUAAGGAUGGUAUUGUUAAACUUGUCUAACAAUAGAUUAACGAAGUUGGACCCAAAAAUAUUUAAAGAUCUUUACACUUUACAAAUCUUAAAUAUUCAGCAUAACAUGCUAGAGAGUAUAGCCGCAGACACGUUUGCACCUAUGAAUAAUUUGCAUACGCUAAUUUUAUCUUAUAAUAAAAUAAAUCACAUUGAUGCUUAUGCCUUAAACGGAUUAUACGUGCUGUCUUUACUGUCAAUAGAUAAUAAUCAUCUUGAAGAGCUUCAUCCUGAGGCAUUUCGAAACACCUCUUCAUUACAAGAUCUGAAUUUAAAUGGCAAUCGUUUGAAGAGAGUCCCGAUUGCACUAAGAAACAUGCGACUGCUUCGAACUCUCGAUCUUGGCGAAAAUCAAUUAACAUCACUGGAAGAACAUAGUUUCGUUGGUUUACACAAUGUUUACGGAUUGCGGUUAAUUGGAAACAAAAUAGAAAACAUAAGUAAAGAAGUAUUUUCGGAUUUACCAACUCUGCAAAUUUUAAAUUUGGCCCGAAAUAAACUAAAACACAUCGACACGAAUGCCUUUGAAACAUUAUCUAAUUUACAAGCUAUAAGAUUGGAUGCGAACCACUUAAAAGACAUACAAGGUUUGUUUGUAAAUAUACCUUCUUUGUUGUGGUUAAACGUGUCAGAUAACCAAAUAGAAUGGUUUGACUACUCUGUAAUCCCAACAGCACUACAGUGGCUAGACCUACACAGUAAUAAUAUCAAAGAAUUAGGUAACAAUUACCGCCUGGAUAAAGAGCUGCGUUUACAAACUUUAGAUGCGAGCUUUAAUAAAAUGACGAAAAUAUCUGCCUACUCCGUGCCCAGUAGCGUCGAACUGCUGUUUCUAAAUGAUAAUCAAAUUACGCAAGUUGAAGCUCAAACUUUCGUCGGAAAAACCAAUUUAACGAGAGUCGAUUUGUAUGCAAAUCAGAUAACUAGUAUGGAUCUCAAUGCGCUUCGGCUAACGCCGGUCGAUCCGGGGCGACCCCUGCCCGAAUUUUAUAUUGGAGGAAAUCCUUUUCAGUGCGAUUGUACAAUGGAAUGGCUACAGCGAAUCAACAAACUCGAUCACCUUAGGCAGCACCCUAGAGUAAUGGACUUGGAAAGCAUUUAUUGUAAAUUGUUGUAUAAUCGAGAAAGGACUUAUAUUCCACUUAUCGAGGCGGAAUCGUCUCAGUUUUUAUGUACAUACAAAACUCAUUGUUUUACAUUGUGCCAUUGUUGCGAUUUUGAUGCCUGUGACUGUGAAAUGACGUGCCCAUCUAACUGUACGUGCUACCAUGACCAGCCCUGGUCGGCAAAUAUUGUAGACUGUUCUGCCGCAGGGUAUGCAGAAAUACCUAACAGUAUACCUAUGGACGCUACCGAAUUGUACCUUGACGGUAAUAACUUUGGCGGCCUAACAAGUCAUGCAUUCAUCGGACGGAAAAAUUUAAAAAUAUUGUACGCCAACAAUUCUAACAUUGAUGCUUUGUACAAUAAUACAUUUAGUGGACUAAAACGUUUGACGGUCUUGCAUUUGGAAAAGAACAACAUAAAAGAGUUACUCGGUUUCGAACUAUCGCCUCUAGAGAAUUUGCGAGAGCUGCAUUUGCAGGAUAAUAAAAUACAUUACAUUGACAAUCGAACCUUUAUGGAAUUGAGGCAUUUGGAAGUGCUGCGAUUGGAGGGAAAUAAAAUUUACAGCUUUGCUGUUUGGCAAUUCACAAUGAAUCCUUAUUUGGUUGAAAUAAGUUUAUCACGCAACGCUUGGUCGUGUGAUUGUCACUAUCUACAUAAAUUCAGAAAUUGGUUUAAAAAUAAUUUGGGUAAAGUCGAAGAUGCUGAUAAAAUUACGUGCAUAUUUGAUAACGUAACCAACACAAUAGGCCCCCUCAUGGCCGAUUUCAACUCCACCAUAUGCACAAGUCACGUCGGAGGAAGUUCGUCGAUUAUUGAAAAUCAAGUCAUAAAUGAUUAUCUUCCAUUGUUGCUAAUAUCUUUGUGCGUGUUUGUUUUGAGUUCCGCCCUAAUAUGUGGCUUAUUUUAUUGGCGGCGAGAGCUACGAGUCUGGGUGUACUACCACUGUGGAUUCCGAAUGUGUUACAAAAGCACUGCAUUCGACGAAGAAGCCGACAAGGACCGUCUAUUUGACGCUUACAUCAGUUACAGCGUUAAAGACGAGGCGUUUGUUGCUCAAAUGUUAGCGCCCGGCCUGGAAUCAACCGAUCCGAGCUUUCGGCUGUGUUUACACUAUCGCGACUUUAAUGCCUCAGCCUAUGUCGCAGAUACAAUAAUAGAGGCAGUCGAGUCGUCGAAAAGAACCAUAAUAGUGCUAUCAAAAAAUUUCAUUAAUAACGAAUGGUGCCGGUUCGAAUUUAAAACGGCCCUACAUGAGGUGUUGAAAGAGAGACGAAGAAGACUGAUAAUCAUAUUGCUCGGUGAGCUCCCGAACAGGGAUAUAGAUCCCGAGCUUAGACUGUGUUUAAAAGCUAAUACGUGUAUAGAGUGGGGUGAUAGACAAUUUUGGCAAAAGUUAAGGUUCGCGAUGCCGGACUUGAGGAAGUGUCAAUAUCAUCGGUCCACUGUGAACAUUUACGCGUCGGUGUCACCAGUGGGGGCGGGGCGAGCGCCGGCGCCGCCGCCGCCACCACCGCCUGGCAAGCUGCCGCCGCUGCUAGGCGAGGCUCUGGCGGUGCCGGCCGGCGUGCACGCACGCGAGCCCCACUCGCACCGCCUGCCGCCGCACGCGCAGCUAUGGGCGUAGCGUAUGCUUCAACGCAGUGCAUCUUCGGAGCGCACUGCGUACUCCUGGCUCCCUGAUACCAGGAUAGAGUUCUCUUCGCCGUACAGCCGCCGCCAGAGUUCCAACUCUACAGUGUACGAAAGUGACUGAUGGUGUGACACGUUCGAUCAACUCGAAGAAGCGUUACUCUGAACGGACACAUAGUGCUAUCAAGUGAUGCGUUACUUUAAGUGAAAGGUACAUCGACUUUACUACGUAAAUAUAAUUUAUAAAAUCGUUUUUGCUAAUGAUUGUAAAUAUUGUUUUGUAUCUCAUUGUAUAGAUUAAGUGUUAUACG